UAAUAGUACGUCGUUUUGUGUUUACGAGUUGUUGGGUGACUUUGGAGAAUAUAUUUUUCGCGUUCCAUUUUUGUUUUGUUCUUUACUUUAUUUUUUCUUUUACUGCGUCCAUUGUUUUUGUAUAAAUAUGAACUAUUAGCGUCACCAAUUUGUUUGUAUGUAUAUGCUACAGACUGACUUAUAAUAAUUUCAUUAAAAUUAUUUAGCUUACUUUUUAUAUGUAUAAACACGAAGAAAAUGUGAACAAAAUCAUGAGCAUCGAAUUGUUAGCCAUGAAAAAGCCACCUAGUCGUUUCACAUCACUUCGUUUCGCGCAUUACCCAUGCAAAUAUAUCCUAGCUACUCUAAUACCGUUAUAACAGGAGCAAGGAUGUGUCAUAACAAAUGCAGCAUUGCCAGUUGUAUUCGAUAAGUGCGCCAAAAACGGCCGGUCAAAGCACAGAACGCCUGAUGACAAACCAAAUAACUCAAUUUGGAGCGAAGACUGCAGCACGCACUCUCUUUUGUCAUGAAGUACUCUCUCGCUGUAAUUUACGCGAGCGAGGAAAGGAAUACGUCCACAGGUCCUUUUUAUUGAUUUUUCGUUGCCGAGCAGAAAAAGCAAACUCGAAGUAUUUGUCAAAUACUCAACUCAAGUGGCUGACAGUGAAUGCUUAUUGACGAGUACACACAAAAUUAGCAUAUUUGACACGAAUUGGCGAUUUGCAAAAAUUGUUGAGAUUGCAAGACAUCAAGCAUUAACUGCGAAAGUAGAUUUCCGAAUCAAAAUAUAAUCCAUUUACAAAAAUUGCAGGCAAGAAAAGUUUCGAAAGAAGUAAUUUCAAUUGUGCUAAGUGAUUGUGACUUCAUGUUAUUGGAGUGAUUGCAGAAAAAAUAAACCAUCCAGUGUUAAAAAGUAUAAAAAACAGAUUUUCAGCAAAAAAAUGUACUCAGUAUUAUAAAAGAGUUUCCGAAAUCUGGUACAAAAUACUGCAGGCUGCUUUGAAGUUCUUACAUUUUGCGGAGGACAGCAGAAAGGUGGAAAAAUAAUUGAAUGUUCCAACCCACCCACGCAAGAACUGGCGACCAACGAUAAAAAUCUGUAAGAGUUCGGUGGGGGCCUACAAAGCAAACUCUACCUACCAACUGGUAAUUAAUUACAGUUAUCGUGCAAAACAGCCGCUUUUCUACUUAUUUCCUGACGUGCCGCAGAAUAUUGUUUAAUCAAUAACGAAUAGAGUGAUUGGCGAGUGUAGUGGUUACUACGUUACAACUAACGCCACCAACACCACCCCCUCUGUGUGUUGCAUGUGUGUUUGUAGCGAGUUUAAAGUUCACUAUCACCCACCCCCGCAAUGCUAAGGCAUUCUCAAACAAUUACUAUUUAAACCAAAUAGGUGUACGAUAGUGAGUCCACACAGUCACACCACACUCAACGCCACAAAUUGCAUCGCAAACAUGUACAAGACGGUGCGGCAUGGCGAGAACAGCCUGCAAUAUACAAUACUGCCACAAAACGACGAUUUUCGCAUUGAGGGCAAGCUAUCAAGCGCUGGCAGUAAUUGCAGCUCCACCACUGGCCGGAAAGUGAAGGCGCGCAGACAAAGACGGCGUUCAUUCUUCGCAUAUUUGGGAUUGAUUUUCAUUUGCACCGUUAUUGUAGGCGCAGUAUUAAUACCGUUCUUGGUCUCAGCCGAGUGCCUACCCAACCCCACGGAAUGGUUCUUGAAGACCAAGGCAGCACUUACACACGGAGGCAACAUUAAUGCGUUGCAUAGAGGCAGCGGUGGACCAAGAAAAGCCGGUGCAAAUGGCAUUGGCAGUCCACAACAUGUGCCGCUACACAACAGCGUCGCAAGCAUCGGUCAAAAAGUGGAGAUUAUCAACCGCGACGGCGUGGAGAAAAUAAUAUUGCGCGUCAAUAAAACACAGACGCAAUCAAAUCUAAAUGUGACCCAAAUAAGACCCAUUGGAUAUGCUUCGGAUAAAGAACAGCAGCCACCUCUUGAUGAAAACAAUUCAACAACAAAUGUGGAGACGCAAACUGCUGUUGAAGCCAAGAGUGGAGCACUUACCACCACAACGCUGGGAUUGAGCAACGAUUCAUUGGAGGAUGUGCAUGGGUCGACCAACAGUACAACAGUCAAGCAGUCGUCGAAUGGUGUAGGCAACUUCGUCACCGAAGUGCGCUUCGAAUCGGAUAGUAUUCAAUCUCCCAAGAUCGUAGUAAUUACCACUCAGCGUACGCAGCUCCCACAGAAUGUGGAUCAAAUCAGUAGCAACGCCAAUAAAGCGCAGGACUCUAAUGGGAAUGGCGUUAAAAAUAUUCCAACAGCUGCAAUACGUCCAACCACAUCCUUCUCCACAACCAGCAUCUAUUCGCCGCAUGCUCCAGCUGCUGCCUCGAUGGCGGUUGCACAAUCAGGCAAUGCCAACGCGAUUUCUAAUCAAAGUUCCACCAUACCCACUAUUACCACCCGAAUAAUGCAGUUGCCGCUGCUCAAGUCCAUCGCAAAGAAACCGAUUAUACCGCCCGUGCUGGUGCGCACCAACUCAGAGAUUACAACACUUAAUCAAAAUAGCAAUAAAACGGCUACCGAAGACGGUGGCAUCGUUCGAGGCGAUGGCAUUGCGACCGGUUCGAUUGGAACUGGUGGCUUGGAACCUAUUAAGGCCGAAGUAGCAGAUAACGCCGAAACAAAGAACGCCGCUUGGAUUCAGUCGCAUUGGCCCUACAUUGAUCCGUCGACAUAUUUCCAAUGGACUGGUUACAAGGAGGAUAGCGUUCUGCUGCCAGCGCUGUUGGGCUUCGCUUUAAUUGGCAUGAUUCUAAUCAUUGCAAUUUGCUUGAUAGCUCGCAACAAACGCGCCAUCGUUUCAUCGAUGCGCAAGCGGAAGCGGAACGAUGUGGAAGAGGCCGGUGCUGACGACAACACAACGCUUUUGACCAACGCAAAUCUCUCCGAUGAGGAUUAGCUGAGGCAGCUCCACAGGCAUAUAUUCGCAUUCAUACAUUGUAUUGUUGAAACGGUGCUUGGAUUAGAACUCCCGAAAAGCAAAUCAAAGUUGAACAAAAACGUAGUUAUCGAACAGAAACUACUACAGAGAAAUUGAGCAUAGAAAUUGAAAACUAUUUUUGUAAGACGAUGUGAUAGCAAGUAGACAAGCGUAAAUAGCGUAAACUCCUACACACACAUAUGUAAAUGUAUAUGAAAAGAAGCACAUGCAACAAAUACUCAUCUAUAUUUGCGAUUAUGUACAUAAAUACCAACAACUACACACGCGCACAAAAGCGCGCAUUCCAGUUGAUAGCAUUAGCCUCCCCGAGUGUUUUCCUUUAGAACUUUAGAUCGACACUGUUCGACUUUAGCGGCUCAAUUUUCAAAAUUUUACGAUCAUUAUUUUUUGAUUCUUCAAAGUGGAAGUGAAUGCGUACUUUUAUGUGUACGUGUGUGUUAGUUACUUUUGGUAUUUGUAAAUUUAGUCCAAAGCAUAUAAGCGUAUAUACAUAUAUAUAAAACGUUAAGUAUAAAUGUAAAUUAUUUAUGCAAAAGUGUUAAAUCACAUGAUAUAUAUAUAUAUAUCAAUGUAUAACUUUAUAUAAUAGUAUGUACAUAUGUAUGUAAUUGAUUUGCAUUUUGCAUCUGAAUUCGCCCAAAAAAUUGCUUAUACAUACAUACAUACCUACAUACACGUAUGUAUAUGCAAAUACUGACACAUAACAGUUUAAAUGAAUGUUAAAUUUAAGUGCAACACUACACUAAUUAUGAAUAAGUGAAAUACAUACAGACAUUCUUCUAUAUACACAUAUACACAUGUACACUCAUGCAUAUAUUUGAAUGAAUGUUUCUGCAAAAAUGGUUACCUAAUUGUUAACAACACACACCUACAUACAUCCAUACAAUUAAAUAUAUAAACAUAUGUAAACGCAUACCUGCUAACUAAGCAAACUAUGAGAAUUAGCGAAAAUUGAAUAUUAAUAGCAAUCAAAUAUUUGUACUUUGUCCUUCGUUGGCCGCUUUUACAAAACCACCCAUAUACAUAUACGCCGUAUAGUAGCUGCACACAAGUAUUUAUGUAUGUAUUGCUGCAGCAUGUAAUCGCAAUUACCGUAUGUAACUCUGAGACAUGGAUGCCAUUUCGCGCUUUGAUGUUCAGCAGAGGAGACCGACAUCGCCGACAUCCGCACACACGCGACAACAAAUGCAAAAUUGUCACUCCGAAUUAGUGGAAAGGGGUCGCAGCGUAUCCAUGUAAAAGUAUAUAAAACCCCUUUUAAGAAACAUAAUAUAUAAACACAUUAAUUAAUAAAAUAAAAAUUUGCUUAAUUUAUUUUAA